ACGACCAUCUUGAAAAAGGCCAACUGUCGACGUCACUACAGAAAAUACGCACUGUAUGGUUUGUUUGAAUGAGAGGACGACAUAAGGGGAAAAAGCCUGCGUCUGUGAAUGGGUGAACCUUACGUUGCCGUAGACAUCCUGCUGCCCACAUCUGACAUUUUUUUUCACCCGAAUGUGACAUCUCCGGUCUAUAAGAACCAAAGGCACGCUGUUGUUGAGAGGAGUUGACGUCAACCCUGGUUUUUACUCCCCCAACAGCAUCACCGGUACCCCCUGGAUGAGACAGCUGAGAGUGCAGAUGUGAGAGGACAAGCCAGAGUUUGCUUUGAGGAACAUGUCUCCAUGGACUCUGGGAGCUUAUGUAUAUAAAGUGACUCCUGGAUGAGACAGCUGAGAGUGCAGAAGUGAGGGGACAAGCCAGAGUUUGCUCUGAGGAACAAACUGCUUUGACUCGAGAACAAAGUGUGAGGGGCUGCUGCUGCUUGUGUCUCCUUUCAUAGAAGUCUGCUGCACUCCUGAGGAGCCCGCUGCUCUCUUCAGCCAUUUCUUCUUCUCUGCUCACUAUUCCCCGACUGCAUCUCAGCUCCCAGGUAACCAGAGGGCAUCUCAAAGCACGCUCAGAGCCUCGGGGCAGACAGACUGACUCAAGGUGCUUUUACGCCCCAGCUGUCAUUAGAAGGUCUGUAGAAGAAGAAACGCAUCCCCCAUCCAGUGAAGAAGCCAUGCUUUUCUGGUCCACUCAUGGCAGCAUCACUAUGACAUUCGUCCUCCUUCGACCCUACCUGGUGUUUGUUCUGGCCCUGGCUGUGCUUCUCUGCCCCUUGGGCGCAGUGGCAGGUGAGGGGGAGAGUGAGACACAAUCUCCCGCCCAGGUGCUCCAGGAACUGCUGGCCCGCCAUGGAGACAACAGCACCAUCACGGUACCCCAGCUGCGUGCUCUUCUGGCCCUCCUCAGCCAAGGUCAGGAUGAAGGUGAUGGCGACGGCGGCAAUGUGUCGGAGACGCCCACGAUCACACCUCCCAAAUCUAACAACUCUAAGUGCUUGCCUGCAGAUACGCUGGCCAUUUACAGCAUCAGUGAGCAAUCACGCCUCGAUGGGCGGGGCUUACAGGAGCUGUGCCCCACCAUGCUGCAGCAGUUGGAUGCUGGCACCUGCCGGGCACAAAAAACUGAAGAACUGAGUGGUGACACCUCCCCCAGGCCCUCAGACGGUGAAGUGUGGGGUUAUGGGAUCCUGUGUGUGACACUGAUCUCUCUGUGUUCGUUGGUUGGGGCCAGCGUGGUGCCCUUCAUGAAGAAAACCUUUUACAAACGACUGCUGCUCUACUUCAUAGCCCUGGCCAUUGGCACGCUCUACUCCAACGCCCUGUUUCAGCUCAUCCCAGAGGCCUUUGGUUUUGACCCCAUGGUGGAUUUCUAUGUAUCCAAGUCUGCGGUGGUGUUCGGAGGCUUUUACCUCUUCUUCUUCACGGAAAAGGUCCUCAGAGUACUUCUCAAGCAGAAACACGGGAGCCACGGUCACAGCCAUUACCCCGGUGCAGAUCGUUACUCGACACCCCAUGGGGAUGUGGAGGAAGGGGAGAAGGAGAGGCUGCAGCAGAACGGAGAAGCCAGCAGUCUGGCUCUGAGCAAGGUGGACGCAGGGGAGGGGGAGCUCAUGCUUAGUCCUGCACAGACGCCACAGGACUCCCAGAGCCCAGACAGUGCUGCGAGGUCUGGCGCCAGUGGUGGUGGCUGCUAUUGGCUGAAGGGGACAUCCUAUUCUGACAUCGGUACGCUGGCCUGGAUGAUCACGCUCAGCGAUGGUCUGCACAACUUCAUCGACGGCUUGGCCAUCGGCGCCUCCUUCACCGCCUCUGUCUUCCAGGGCAUCAGCACCUCCGUGGCCAUCCUGUGUGAGGAGUUCCCCCACGAGCUGGGAGACUUUGUGAUUUUGCUGAAUGCUGGCAUGAGCAUACAGCAGGCUCUGUUCUUUAACUUCCUGUCAGCUUGUUGCUGUUACCUGGGCAUGGGCUUUGGCAUCCUGGCCGGCAACAGCUUCUCCCCCAACUGGAUCUUUGCCCUGGCAGGGGGGAUGUUUCUCUACAUCGCUCUGGCAGACAUGUUUCCAGAGAUGAAUGAGGUGAGCCGUGAGGAAGAGAACGCGGGCGGCAGCAGCUUCCUCCUCACCUUUUUCAUCCAGAACGCCGGCCUGCUGACGGGCUUCUCCAUCAUGCUCCUCCUCACAACCUAUUCAGGGCAGAUACAGCUGGGCUAGCACCAGACUACCCUGGGCCAACACCAAGCUUUGACUAGUGAGAAAUGAAACUGAGGUGUCAGCUGCUUUCUGUUGGUGUAAACUGACCCCAAAAGGAGAAUUUCUGUUUUUCUCACAUCGUCAGUUUUCAGGACCCUGGAUUUUAGGGAUGUUGGCUACUAUGCGGUUUGCAAACUCCUCCGUCAGAAAUAUUUGAGUAGCCAUUUGUGUACCGUUCCCAGAUGCAGUAGAUCCCAGGCAGAGGGGCUGGCAGCCUUCCUUUUUAUGAUUUAGUAACCUUUGAAUCAAAUCUACUCCCUAUAACAGUCCAGAAAUAUCAGUUGAAGGAGUAUUCAAUCUGCAGAAACAACUUAAAGACAUGCGAGUACUUCGUCAGAUGUGAACUGAUGUGCAGUACUUAGGCAGCCACUCAGAUGUUUCUCUAUUCCCUAUACUACUGAUGAGCCAUUUUGGCUUCUAUUCUUAUUUUUUAUCCUCUUGCCCUCCAGGGAAUGUCAUUGAACUGGAGAGAUUUAGUAGAUAAAGUGUUUCCAUCACUAAUCCUCUAUGCCUGCAUCCUACGUUAGGGUGAAAGGAAAAGCACAGUCAGGUAAUAGCAGCUGUAUUAUGGACAUCAAAGAGUCUUUAUCCCCACCCCUUCUGUUUUUCAUUCACUACCAAAAACAUUUUGGACCUGAACUGAAAUUUUAAUCACAUGUCAACAUCAAACUGACUUCCAGCUGGACUUUGUUGUUUGUGUGUUGAGGUUAUAUUUUUAUACAUGAGAAACGUGAAAAAUCAUCAGACUUUUGAAGACCAAAUAUGGACUGAACAGAGGUGAAGGGCUAUAUGGUGGCGUUUGGAAGAGGCACACUUUUAUUCUUCUCAGAAUGGACUCUGUCUACAUCCUCAGCAUGCAGUUAGAAAUUCGUAAUGCUGCCUGGGUCAAACAUGGUAAGAAAAUAGUUUGAUGUUAUUGACUUUAUCCCGAUAGACGAAAAAGCGUCCGCAGCUGCAUUUCUCCAUAUAGUUUACCGUCUGUGCCCUUCAUUAAGAUUGCAUUGAGCAGUUUUUUUUAUUCUUAGAAUUUAAACUGCAACGCUCUCCAUAGACUAUUUUUUCCAGAAUUACCUAUUCUUUUACUGCACAGUAAUGGUUUGAACAGAAUACUGUAAACUGAAACAUAUAAAUGUGUACAUUUUGCCUCCUGGUCUGUGACCUUAACCAUAUUAAUCCCUCAUCUUGAUGAUAUAAAAAUAAAGUUAUAUACUGUAUCCAGUGAGGUUGUUACGACAUGUCGCCUCUCUGAGUUACACUGUAUGGUCAAAAGUGGGCAAACACACCUGUCUUCAUGCUUACAUGCACUUUGGGGAUGCUUUUCAUUGUUCUGCUGAAUAUUACUUUUAGAUUUGGGUCACAUAGUUAAGGAUCUGUUUUUCUAAAAAAGCAAAAAAAACAGGAUCAUUUAAUAACAAUGAAAGCUAAGGUCUUUCUUGGAUCCUCAAAGAUUUUUUCUAACCAUCUGCCUGAAAAAUAUUCUGUCUGUUACAAUAUUAAAAGAAGAAACACCUUUCCAAAUUGAAGCACAAACUGGGGUCCAGAUUUGGGCUUAAACCCAAAGUGCCAAUGAGGAGAAAUCUUAAGAACCCCAACAUUUAGUCCCAGUUUGGUGUGUAAGAACUGACGUCAGAAGCCAGAAGAGUGGAGCCUGAUAUACUAGCAGAAUAAUAUGGCAGCAGUGUUGAGCAUCCACACACUUUUUGCCAUUUAGUGUAAUUCAGAUGUGAUAUGAACCAGUGAAAAAUGGUUUAAAAGCUGUAAUGCUAAUUUUUUGUUUGUUUGUUUUUUAUUGGUGCGUUCAGGGAUCAGUUGUGCGUCAUAUUGUAAUGUGACUGAUCUCAACUGAAAAAACUUACAGUAUUGAUAAAGAUGAACCAACGAAUCACACCAUAACAACAUCAUCCUUUGUGCUACCGUGUAGACAACAAAUCUGUGUGAGUGCUUUGGGUUUCUGUUGAUGUGUUUAUACAGAUACGUUCACUGAUAUCUUACAGUGGUAUUCAGCAGUACACUGUACAGUGUUCAAAGGUCAACACAGAAUAAGUGAUUACCAAAAACUACAUACUUCUUGUUGAUUCAAUAUUGCUGUAACUGUAGUUUUUUUAAACAAAACAUUAGCGGUAGAAACUGGAAACAAACUGGAACAUUGAUUGGCUGUCACAUUCUACACAUCUAGUAUAAAAACAGAUCUUUUCUGUUUUUUCAUGAUGGAGAGGCAUUAAAACGAGUACCGUGAGGUACAGUAUUACUGCUGCUUGAUAUGUAUGAUGAUUAUUUAUUGUUGUUAGAGCCAUGAAAUAUUUAUUUUGUUUUACACCCAAAACAACAUAUUCAGUUUAGCUUUACGCCAUAAGCCAUGAAAGCAGUCUUUUUGUUUGCGGUUUAUCUUUUAGUAUUUUCUGUUGAAUAAAUGGGCCAGCUGCUGCAAUUCGUAAUAAUCGCUUACUGAAUUGCACAUUUUAACUAUAUGGCCCAGAAUAUACUGGCUCGCUGAUUUCAAGUCCGUCGUGAUAAUUACAGUGUUAUGGUCAGACGCAACCUUACUGGGUUGUAAAACAACAGGAGCGCACAGGCAAUGAGCUCUAUUGGUGCAAAAACUCUUAUUAUUAUUAUGGAUGUGCUUUCAGACCUUUAAUGCAUUAUUUU